GUUAUCACUCAUCUCUGCUGCGCCAUCAAUGGAGGGGGGCGACAGUGCAGAGGUUCCAUUAUUACUGAGUUCCACACCCACCGGAAAAGAAAACAACGUCACAUCCUUCUCCGGCGGCGACAUCGAGAUCAUCAGUGGAGUCGGGGAUUUCUCCCGGGAGUUCUGUGCGGAGUCAAAGAAGCUAUGGAACCUCUCCGCCCCAGCCAUUUUCACGUCCGUCUGCCAAUACUCCAUCGGAGCCAUCACUCAGGUCUUCGCCGGCCAUGUCGGAACCGUUGAACUUGCUGCCGUCUCCGUCGAAAACUCCGUCAUCGCCGGAUUCGCUUUCGGCGUCAUGUUAGGCAUGGGAAGUGCACUAGAGACGCUAUGUGGGCAAGCAUUUGGGGCAAAACAGGUACACAUGUUGGGAGUCUACAUGCAAAGGUCAUGGAUCAUCCUCAACGCCACCGCCCUAAUCCUGCUCCCCCUCUACAUCUUCGCCGCGCCGGCGCUGAGGUCCAUCGGACAGACGCCGGAGAUAUCCAAGUCGGCCGGCGUCUUCGCCAUCUGGAUGAUCCCCCAGCUCUUCGCGUACGCGAUGAACUUCCCCAUCCAGAAGUUCUUGCAGGCGCAGAGCAAGAUCUUCGGGAUGGCGGCGGUCUCCGCCGCGGCCGUCGCCGGCCACACCCUCCUCAGCUGGCUCCUCAUGCUGAGGCUGGGGUGGGGCAUGGCCGGCGGCGCGGCGGUGCUCAACCUGUCGUGGUGGUUCAUCGUGGCGGCGCAACUUGUGUACAUCUUUAGUGGGAGUGGCGGGGAAGCUUGGGAUGGAUUCUCCGUUAUGGCUUUUCAGAAUUUGUGGGGCUUUGUUAGGCUGUCUCUUGCAUCCGCAGUUAUGCUUUGCUUAGAGAUGUGGUAUUAUAUGGCUCUUACUCUCUUCGCCGGAUACCUCAAAGAUGCUGAAGUCGCAGUUGAUGCCAUUUCUAUUUGCAUGAAUAUCUUAGGGUGGACCAUCAUGGUGGGUUUUGGAUUCAAUGCAGCAAUAAGCGUUAGAGUAUCAAACGAGCUAGGAGCAGGGCGGCCGAGAACGGCGAAAUUCUCGGUGGUGGUGGCCUCAAUGACGUCACUAGCAUUCGGCAUCCUCAUGGCCACCAUUCUCAUGCUACUAAGAAGCCAAUACCCGCCGCUCUUCUCUGGAAGUCCCGCCGUGCAACGACUCGUCUACGACCUCACACCGCUCCUCGCUCUCAGCAUUGCCAUUAACAGCCUUCAGCCCACCCUCUCAGGGGUGGCCAUCGGAGCUGGAUGGCAAGCUUACGUCGCGUACGUGAACAUUGCGUGCUACUAUAUUCUUGGCAUUCCCAUUGGCCUCGUUUUGGGUUUCGUAUUCGACCUCAAUGUCACGGGAAUUUGGUACGGAAUGGUAACGGGAACAAUCGUUCAAACGUGUGUGUUGAUAUGGAUGAUAAUAAGAACAAAUUGGAACAAGGAGGCUUCAGCAGCGGGAGCUAGAAUCAAACGUUGGGGAGGCGGAAGUGACUCAGAUGAGACCAAAUUAAAUACUUAAAGUGAUGAUAUGAUAAUCAAAAGCUUUGAUUUUUUGCCCAUUCUAUGGCACCCAUGGAUUUUUCUUCGCUCCAUCUCUUGUAUGGAAUGCCUUUGUUUUAGGGAUUUUUCUUUGGAUACCUUUUUAUUUCAAGGGUCAUAGAUGUCAUACCAUUUAAAAAGUGACUUGAGGAUUCUAAUAAUAAUUGUUAGACAGCAAU